GAUUUUUAAUAUGCAUUGCAUACUAAGUGAUUCAUAUUUAAUUAUAUCCUCCAGCUUCCAAGAAUGUCGUCCUUUGAGAUGGAUACAUCAUACCAGACUGGACAAAAAUCAAAACUCUCCCCAGGUGAAGAGGCUAUUAUGCAGUAUUUAAUCAAACUGGAUAAGAAAAUGGACAAACUUCAAGAUGACUUAAAAUCGAUGAGGGAAGAACUUGCAGUCAAUAAAACAGGAACUAGGAGAGAGGAACAACAGAAACUUUAUGUUCCUCCAAAAAUUAGAACAGCUGUUCAUGAUGCAUACAAACAGCUUGUGGACGAGGAUGGUGCUGUCAGAUGGCAAACUAAGCUUGAAGACAAUAAACUAAAGUACUUGUAG